UGUAGAAUUUUGUAAAUUUUAAUCUUAUUUUUGAUAUUGAAUAAAUAGAAUGGCUCGAGAAAGCAGUGCCGGAUUCGACAGACAUAUUACUAUCUUUUCACCUGAGGGAAGACUGUAUCAAGUUGAAUAUGCAUUGAAAGCUAUAAACCAGGGUGGGUUGACAUCUGUGGCAUUACGCGGUACAGAUGCAGCUGUAGUGGCAGCUCAACGCAAGGUCCCAGACAGACUACUUGAUCCUGUCUCUGUUACUCAUCUAUUUGCUCUUACUGAUAGAAUUGGAUGUGUCAUGACCGGGAUGAUUGCUGAUAGCCGGUCUCAAGUACAACGAGCUCGCUACGAGGCUGCCAACUGGCAGUACAAGUAUGGGUCUGAGAUACCUGUGCAUAUCUUAUGCAGACGCAUAGCUGAUAUCUCUCAAGUUUACACCCAAAAUGCAGAGAUGAGACCUCUGGGUUGCAGUAUGAUGCUGAUAGCGUACGACGAUGAAGCCGGGCCCUGUGUGUACAAAACAGACCCCUCCGGCUACUACUGCUCCUAUAAAGCUGUAGCUGCUGGUGCUAAGACAGUUGAUGGAAACGCUUAUCUCGAAAAGAAACUAAAAAAACGCUCGGACCUCAGCACCGAUGAUGCGAUUCAGCUUGCCAUCUCUUGUCUGUCUCAAGUGUUGUCUGUCGACUUCAAGUCCUCUGAGAUUGAGAUUGGUGUUGUCAGCAAAGAUAAUCCUAAGUUUCGGGUGUUGACUGAAACUGAAAUCGACAGACAUCUCACGGCAAUCGCUGAAAAGGAUUAAGGGUAGAUUAAAUCAAAACAAUUGUCUAUGAUACGUUUUUUAAUAAACUCUUAUCAUCA